ACACGUAUUAAAGUAUAAAAAUAAUUAAUCAAUCGCGAAAGCACGCGCCAAAUUUUCUCCCUCUACGAGACUUGUCCUGUCAUUAAGAAGACAGUUUAGGAUAAUGAUUUAUUUUUGCGAUAUAUAUCUUGUGUCUCAAGGUGCUUGUUAUAUGCGACGCUAUCGCUCGUUGUAAAGUAUAAGACGAUUCUCGCCAAAGUGGGGGAUAGGGGGAUGGACGGGGGUGGUCGAUAUUAACCGCGAAGCACCUUCCUUCGCGGAGAACGCGGUGGCAAUAGUCACAUGCCGGCCGCGACCGAGUACACCCGCUGUGUAUUGGCGUGUCCCUCCGCUGCUUCACCUAAAAACCAUCGAUGAGCGAUCAGGCAUUGUCGGAUUCGCGAUCGCGGGAGAUGAUGAAGGAUAAUCGGUGGUUCCUGAGAGACGAGACGUAGGGGGAUAUGUCCGGUUGCUUGUCAUCAUCUAUGACAGGAUCGACAGAUGCGGGGCCCCUGCAGCCCCAGGAAGACCCCGUGCCGCCGUCGACCUACGAUCUCAGGCCGUUGUCAGAGGGCAAUGGCUCGUCGGCUCGACGAGGCAGUCGUCAUCGUCAUCAGCCGCGACGUAGGAUGACGUCCGCCCCGCCGUCCGGACAGACGAUACAGCUUACUCCACUUUGGGAACACGUAGUGCGUACGCGUAGGUUUCCAUCCGAGGUUGACACGCAGGCCACCUUCGUUGAGAUCUCCGAGAGACUUCGAGACCCGGAAUGGGAGGUGCGCCAGCACGCUCUGCGGGUAUUAAUGGACGUUCUACCGACGUUGAAUACCGAUGCCGUUGACAAGGUCAUGCAACCGGUGGUGCCGGAGCUGAUCAAUAAUUUGGGGCAUCCAGCGCCGGCGGUACGCAAGGGCGCCUUGGACGCGCUGCGGGUCUACCUCGUUCACACCCCCAACAGGGACAGCGUGGUCAAAAAUAUUCUUCACGAUGGCUUGAACCGACCAGAUGCUCACAAUCCAUUUCAGACGAACGUGACGACGGGCGUAAUUCUGAGCGCUCCGUUGCUACUCUUUCCAUCGUCUAAUAGUCCUCCACCGACUACGCAGAUCCUCAAAGACGCCACGAUCGCCUUCGCCGCACGGCUGGUCCAGGUACCGCACCAGGAGGCCGUUCUCAAAUCCCUCAUGAAGAUUCGCGAUGAGGUCGGCGAUGAGGAAUUCGAGAGUUACCUGGCGGAUUACGACGACAAGCUGAAGAAGAAUAUCGAUGUUCUUUCCAAGAUUUAUAAUAUCAAGCCGAGCAAGAGGAAGCGAGAGAGAAAUCGCGCGCAGGAUAUCGUAAAAGCCGACACGAAGGAACGUACCUUGAACAAGUCUUGGGAUAGCGACAGCGACACUUCCGGUAUCGCCGAAGAGGAGGACGAGACGUCGAACAUACCACCAGCGAGAGUCGUUUUGGAAACCGAGAUCAAGUUCAAUGAAGAGACGGCCAUCACGAUGACGAUUCUGGAGGAGAAGGAUGAGGACGAGAGCGAGGAUGGCGGAACCGGCAAGGGCGAGAAUUCGUCUCCGGAUAAACGGAAGACCCCCAGACGCGUCCGCUUUGGCGGUGAGAUCGUCAAGCUGAGGACACCUGACAGCGACGAGACAGAAUCGAUCGACAUAACGCCUAAGACGAGGAUCCCGCUUCCCGUGUCGCCGGCCACCAAGAUGCCGGAAACGACCCGGAGACGACCUUCGUCGCAACCGUGCAGUCCCCAUGCGGGUGAAAAGCGGAGAUCGAAGAGGGUUUCCAGGUCGGCCUCCAGCAGUCCUAAGAGGGAAUACACGCACAAUGCGCAAUUGAGUCCUAAAAAGAGUAUCCUUACGCGGACGGAUAGUCCUCUCAUCAUUAUCGAUCCUGUAACGGAAGAAGCUAAGAGAAUAAAAAAAGAUAAGAAAAGCGACGAAGUCUCAGAGAAUAAAGAUUCUUUCAAGGUAAAUGGUAGUUCAAAAGAAAUUAACGAGAUACCGAAGAAGGAAGAUAUCACUUUAUCAGCUCAGACAACUUUGUGCUCGACAAAUAAAGAAGAGAAACUGACAAAGAACAAUGAAAAUAAUCGAAUAAAGAAUGAAAAUAACUUAUCCAAGGUAGCUCAAGUUGCAGCAGCAUCCAAGAAUGUGUCCUCGAAGGGAGAACAAGAAGAUAACAAUGCGAGCGCGAUUGACGAGAACGUUUCCGAAACUACUUCGCGGAGAGAAAAAAAUUCAUCUCCGACCAAACUGUCGGAUCCGAGUGAUCAAAAGACGAUUAAAGAGAAUAAGGACGAAGCGGAAAAAGGACGCUUGAACGAAGACGUGCGGAAAACAUCGGAAAUCAAUUCUGAUUGCGAUUUUUCCAACAAUCUCCCAUUCGGAUCGCCGAUUAACAGUGAAUGCGAGUCGCGAAUAGAUCGCCUGGUCGGCGGUGAUUUUAUUGAUGAUGACGAACGGGAGGAAGGGGUGCGUAUUUUCGGCUCGAUUACGGACGAUCGGACGAAAUACGACGACGGCGAGAUCUCCGUCAGGAACGACGAUGAAGGACGAAGGAGACGCAGUCAAUGCUUCGACAGGAAGAGCGCGUUGGAGGGAAACGGAAGUGUCACCUGCAGCAGCAGCGAAGGCGAGGGUAAACCGCGAGAACCCAGCUGGGAGGAAUUGGGCUUGGUUGAUCAAGAGGUGUUGGACGAUCUGCACAAUAAGGACGAUUGGCGAGCGAGAGUGAGAGGUCUGGAGAGGGUCGCGUCUGCUUUGCGGACGUCCUCAGCGCUAAUCGCGAUAGAGUCGCGAUUAGGAUCGCUCUUGCAUGCGGUGCUCGGCGGCGAAAGGAGCUGCCGGGUGGCCGCCGCCGGCUUCGCGGUGGCGAAGAUUGUAGUUGCCGGUGUCUCGGAAGACGCGCUAAAAAAGAGAUUACCCCAACUAGCUUGGGGCCUCGCCAGACAAGGCGGUCCAGCUGCGGCCCAACUUACUAGGAUUGCGAUGCUUAGACUGAAACCCAGCCUCCUUUUGGAACAAUUACUGCAGCCCCACUGUCUAAGUGCCAGAAACGCCAAAACGAGAGAGAACGCGCUGCAGUUGCUGAUCUUUUCGUUAGUGACAUUUCCGAGCACCGAGUUCAAACUGGAGACUGUGAUUAGUCGAGUGGCCAUGAUGGUCGCGGAUCGUCGACGCAGAGUACGCCAAGCUGCUCUCGAUGCUUUAGCUGUUUUGGGGCAGAUCUAUGAUUCUGAGGAGGUUCUUGAAGCAGGAAGACGAGCGGCCGAAGGACAGGCCGAUGCCGAGGCAAUGCUGGCCGCCAUCAGAGCACGGCUAGCCAGGAAGUCGCUACCCCUGGUGUCGGCCGAUGGUCUUGUGGUGUACGGUUUGCAAAUUUCACCGAGUGUUCAGACCGCUACUGGUCCUGAUGUUGAUUGGAUCGUGGCGGGAAGCGGCUCGGUCUCACCUGGCACCGGUCGCACUAGAGGUCAGAUCAUCGCCACAUCAAGAUCGGCGCAAGGAAGAGCAUCUCGGAACGAAAGUAUGAACAAACGCGAAGGUUCGUGGAUAGAAAGGCCCAAUCUCGUCGCUCUUGGUGUGGGUCUGCAAUCUAAGACCGAACAAUCGACCGCCUGGCAGAUGUUGCCUUCGCAAACUAACGACGACAAUGAAAAUGAGAUAAAAGGCUCGAACGGACGGAACAUAAAUGCAGGAACGUUUUCAAACAUCACUUUGAGAUUAGAAGAGCAAUUGCGUUCAUCUUACACGCCAUUGAAUCAGUACGACUUUGCCGAAACAGAUGCUAAAAAUCACUGGGAGAUUUCUGACAAUAAUUUUGAACAGAAAGUGCGAAAUCGUAAAAACGUUAAUGAAGUUGCUAAAGAAAAGGAAAGUACUGCUCUUCGAGGAGAAUCUAAGAUUCCGAUAUUAUUGUCGACUCGAUCUAAAAUAACUUCGCAAAAUCGUGAAAAAUCCAUCAAUCUGGAACACAUCAAUUCUAAUUCUCGAAAGCAAGCGAAGGAUGCGUUGGAUAGCAAUAGCAAUCGGAUAAAUUCGCGGCAGGAAAAUAUUAGAUCGUAUGCAGCUGCAUAUCAACGACGGAAACGUCUCCAACAAGAAGGCAGUCAGAUUUCGAAUCAAACAUUCGAUUCACAUUGCGGCGGUUAUCGUUCUUAUGCGAAAGCUUCGGGAAGAACAAAUAAAGAAUAUAACAGCAUUUCGGGAGGCAGGGAAGAGAUAUUUUCGAAUGAUAGUCAUAAUUGCGGCAGAUUUGUGGCCGACGAUUUUACGGAUAAGAACGAAAACUCGGAUCGCACAGGAAGACGUAAACGAUUAUCUAGAAACAUGCAGCAACAGACGCUUGUCGAAAUGUACAGCUCGAUUCACGAGCAACAGAGGACACUUAUGGACAGAAACGUGUAUCGACGAUUACGAACUGCUCCGAGUCCAUUGACUUGCGUGUAUCAGGAAUCCGAGCACCUAGAAUCACAAGUCUCCGCGGAUAACGAUAGAAACAUGAUAUAUCGGUCAAAAGAUUGCAGGACGAAGGAUACGUCGGAGACGGCGGAGCAAAAAACCGAGAUGGAUCUAGUCUCGUCAGAUUCGCAGGAAAACGAGCAUUCUCCUGUGGAGAACGCCAGUCCUCAUCGCCGGAGACUAAGAUCGUUGUCACCUUCGCAACUCCAUCGAUCGCGACAGUUUGUCAAACUGGCCUCCAGCAGAUUUCACGCCGCGUCGAUGUACGACAUCGAUAAAGCGGUAAACGAAGAAGAGUACAAUGCACGGAACAAACGUCACUUAUCCGAAGCGAAUAACUACCACGUGCAAAGUUCAAACAAGGAGGAAUCCCGGUACCAAGAGUUUCUGCGUUCCUUCUCAGUCGGCGAGCGUGUACACGAUCGCCCCAAAAGCGCGAGCAGCUCGUCGUCGGACGUUUCCAGGUGUAAUGGACGAGAAAUCGACGAGAAUCAGGAUGCUGCGGCGCUGCGGGAUUACAACGAUAACAGCGAUAACAGCAGAUCGUCGACUCCACGAAGCCAGGACGACGAUCCAGCGUUCGACGUUAUCACGACGAAUCGUCAGAGCGUUCGCGACGACGUCGACUCCUUUUUCGUUAACUCAUCAUCGAUGAAGAUUAAUAAUUCGAUAAUAGAUUUUUUCGCAUAUUUGGAGUCGUUACUUCCUCAGCGAAAAUUUAACGAUCGGCGUUCGUCACUUGACGCCACAUUUUAUUUUCCAACGUUAAAUAUCACGACGCCGUUGGAUACUAACAAAGUGGAAUACCCGAUCGACAUGACAAACAUACCGGACGAGACGUCGAAGGAAUGGAACAACGAAGAUGAGGCGAAGCCGAUGAAUCGAAUCGGAUCGAUUUCGAGACAUUCGACUCACGGGGAGCUAAUCAGCGUAAACGAGAAUCGCAGCGGAAGCACGGAGAGCAGUUGCGACGCGCACUCGGAAGAUGUUAGAUCGAGCGCGAGGAGAAGAUCCAUCGUAUCCAUGAUUCCGAACGAACGCAUUCUACCCUACGAGGAUUCAAAGAUAGUCAAGGAAUCACUGCAAUCGAAAGCUGGGAGUCCUAAAAAAUCAGAAUCGCUGUACCGGUCGCCUGAGAAUCGCAGCAUCAAUACCUCACCGAUCUCCAACUCGCCGACCAAACGGAAUUCUCGUUGCAAUUCGCGCAAUUUGGCCGAGAAUUCUAGGGAUUCCAGCGAGGAAAGAAUAGUCGCUUCCAUAGUACCUGACGAGGAUGCUUCCAUUCAAUCGUUGGAUACCAUCGCUCGCCCACCCAUAGACAUCAGUAUGACCGGUGAUUCACCAGCGAUUAUCAUCGCAUCGAGGCCUCAUUCUCAUGAAACUGUCGAGGAUCCCGAGAACUCGCGUAAUAAGAUUCACACACAGGAGUCUACGGAAGAAGAAUCCAGCGUAAACGAUAUCUUGGAAGAUAGACAAAGCAAAGACAGUACGAGUGAAACGAACACCGAACCGGGAAUAUUGAAGAUCGAGUCUGAGCCUGUGGAAGCUGUCGAGUCGCGUAAAAGAAUCGCCUCGAAAGUACCGAUACGCGGCAUCGGUAGAUAUCGAGCUCCUUCCAUUAAAAGAGCUUCUCCAAUCGAGAAGCCCUCGGAAAAAUCCAAGCGGAUGGUACAACAGUGUUUCACGCAAAUCGAUAAUAAGGACUGGGAAAUAGCGAUGAAGGGUUUGAAAACUCUAUCUCAGAUCUCGAAACAGCAUCCGGAGUGUCUGGACGCGUGCGCGGCUGGAACAAUAGGCAGACUUUUAGGGCGGCACAUAAAGAAUCUUCGUUCGCAAGUGGCACGUGCCGCGUGUCUCGCUGCCAGCGAUGUCUUCAGCUCGCAGAUUCGGGGCAUCGAUCAGGAUCUGGAAGAUAUAGCUGGACCGUUGCUUCAAAGGACGGCCGAUACGAACCGAUUUCUUCGAGCUGAUAGCAAUGCAGCCCUAGAUCAGAUGGUGCAACAUCUUCCGCCUCAUAAAACCAUCGGUAUCAUACUUCGCGGGGCAAGCCACCAAAACGCUAUUGUACGCGCAGCAACCGCUCGACUGUUAUCCGACAUCACCGAUCGCAUUGGACCAGAUCACGUUAUGAUCUUACCACGUGACGUAAGAGAUAAGCUGUUAAAUACAGGCGCGAAAUUGUUAAUGGACGGAAAUCUAGACGCCAGAAAUCAUGCAAAAAGGAUGUUUCGAUGCCUGACUCGCUGCGAGGGAUUUCGAAAAGCGCUAAAGGACGCGGUGCCCGAAACGACAUUGAGACAUAUCGACAAAACCAUGAAGACUCUGUAACCCCAAUUGUUCCGUUCGACUAAAUCUACAUAAUAUUAUUCAGCUUUUUUUGCCCAGUUGUCUCAUCAUUGAGCAAACUAUUCCAGAAGACUGCUUUAUUAUGCAGAAACAUUUUAAUGAUCCGUUUUGAAAGCCGAUUUAAGGCAAAGACGAGAAUUUUUUACAGCGUAUACCGAGACAAGCAAGCAGCCGUUUCUCCCCUGCUCCCCUUUGUAUAUUUUCCUUUUGAAAAUUAAAUAGAACAAAGUGAUGUGAUUUUUAGUGAUUGUAAUGUCAGGAAAAACGAGAGAGAACUCGAGAGGAGAGAGCUCAUCUCGUAUCACAACUUUCGUCUCCUUUCUCUCAUCAAUGAACUCGGCGAAGUUUUGAUACUUGUAAUUUUAAUAUAUACGCAUGUAUAUUAGUUUUUAUAUGAUUGUAUAAAGAAUGUGCACUUUGGCAUAAGUGCGUUGAAGAACUGUA